UGAGACCUGGAAGCGUAUCCUCCUGUGUUUUUUCAGACUCCUUGGAAAUUAAGGAAUGCAAUUCUGCCACCAUGAUGGAAGGAUUGAAAAAACGUACAAGGAAGGCCUUUGGAAUACGGAAGAAAGAAAAGGACACUGAUUCUACAGGUUCACCAGAUCGAGAUGGAAUUCAGCCCAGCCCACAUGAACCACCCUACAAUAACAAAGCAGAGUGUGCGCGUGAAGGAGGAAAAAAAGUUUCGAAGAAAAGCAAUGGGGCACCAAAUGGAUUUUAUGCAGAAAUCGAUUGGGAAAGAUAUAAUUCACCUGAGCUGGAUGAAGAAGGCUACAGCAUCAGACCUGAAGAACCCGGCUCUACCAAAGGAAAGCACUUUUAUUCUUCAAGUGAAUCGGAAGAGGAAGAAGAAUCACACAAGAAAUUCAAUAUCAAGAUCAAACCAUUGCAAUCUAAAGACAUUCUUAAGAAUGCGGCAACUGUAGAUGAGCUGAAGGCAUCGAUAGGCAACAUUGCACUUUCCCCAUCACCAGUGAGGAAAAGUCCGAGGCGCAGCCCGGGUGCAAUUAAAAGGAACUUAUCCAGUGAAGAAGUGGCCAGGCCCCGGCGUUCCACACCAACUCCAGAACUUAUAAGCAAAAAGCCUCCUGAUGACACUGUGGCCCUUGCUCCCCUCUUUGGCCCACCAUUAGAAUCAGCGUUUGAUGAACAGAAGACGGAAGUUAUUUUAGAUCAGCCUGAGAUAUGGGGUGCAGGCCAGCCAAUUAAUCCAAGCCUGGAAUCGCCAAAGUUAACAAGGCCUUUUCCCACCGGAACACCUCCACCACUGCCUCCAAAAAAUGUACCAGCCACCCCACCUCGAACAGGCUCCCCCUUAACAAUUGGACCAGGAAAUGAACAGUCAGCCACAGAGGCCAAAAUUGAAAAACUACCCUCCAUCAAUGACUUGGACAGCAUUUUUGGCCCAGUGUUGUCCCCCAAGUCUGUUGCUGUGUACACUGAAGAAAAGUGGGUUCAUUUCUCUGACACGUCCCCGGAACAUGUUACUCCAGAGUUGACUCCAAGGGAAAAGGUGGUGUCCCCACCAGCAGCAUCAGACAACCCAGAUGACUCCCUGGCUCCAGCCCCUCCUGGCCCCCCGGCCCCCACGGGUCCCCCAGGACCUCCUGGGCCUCCUGGGCCUCCUCGCAAUGUACCAUCUCCGCUCAAUUUAGAAGAAGUCCAGAAGAAAGUUGCUGAGCAGACCUUCAUUAAAGAUGAUUACUUAGAAACAAUCUCAUCUCCUAAAGAUUUUGGGUUGGGACAGAGAGCAACUCCACCUCCCCCACCACCACCCACCUACAGGACUGUGGUCUCGUCCCCCGGACCUGGCUCGGGCAGUGGUACGGGGACCGCCAGUGGUGCAUCAUCUCCUGCUCGACCAGCCACUCCCUUGGUUCCCUGCAGCAGUACCACUCCACCUCCUCCUCCUCCCCGGCCUCCCUCCAGGCCAAAGCUACCUCCAGGAAAACCUGGAGUCGGAGAUGUGCCCAGACCCUUUAGCCCACCCAUACACUCUUCCAGCCCUCCUCCGAUAGCACCCUUAGCCCGGGCUGAAAGCACUUCUUCAAUAUCGUCAACCAAUUCCCUGAGUGCAGCCACCACUCCCACAGUUGAGAAUGAACAGCCUUCCCUCGUUUGGUUUGACAGAGGAAAGUUUUAUUUGACUUUUGAAGGUUCUUCCAGGGGACCCAGCCCCCUAACCAUGGGAGCCCAGGACACCCUCCCUGUUGCAGCAGCAUUUACAGAAACUGUCAAUGCCUACUUCAAAGGAGCAGAUCCAAGCAAAUGUAUCGUUAAGAUUACUGGAGAAAUGGUAUUGUCCUUUCCUGCCGGCAUCACCAGACACUUUGCCAACAACCCCUCCCCAGCUGCUCUGACUUUUCGGGUGAUAAAUUUCAGCAGGUUAGAACAUGUCCUGCCAAAUCCCCAACUUCUCUGCUGUGAUAAUACACAAAAUGAUGCCAAUACCAAGGAAUUCUGGGUAAACAUGCCAAAUCUGAUGACUCACCUAAAGAAAGUGUCUGAACAAAAACCCCAGGCUACAUAUUACAAUGUGGACAUGCUCAAAUAUCAGGUAUCUGCCCAGGGCAUUCAGUCCACGCCUCUGAACCUGGCAGUGAACUGGCGAUGUGAGCCUGCGAGCACUGACCUGCGCAUAGAUUACAAAUACAACACGGAUGCGAUGACCACAGCCGUGGCCCUGAACAAUGUGCAGUUCCUGGUCCCCAUAGACGGAGGCGUGACCAAGCUCCAGGCCGUGCUUCCACCCGCAGUCUGGAAUGCUGAACAACAAAGAAUACUGUGGAAGAUUCCUGAUAUCUCUCAGAAGUCAGAAAAUGGAGGGGUGGGUUCCUUAUUAGCAAGAUUUCAGCUGUCUGAAGGCCCAAGCAAACCUUCCCCACUGGUUGUACAAUUCACAAGUGAAGGGAGCACUCUUUCUGGCUGUGACAUUGAACUUGUUGGAGCAGGGUACCGAUUUUCACUCAUCAAGAAAAGGUUUGCAGCAGGAAAAUACUUGGCAGAUAACUAAUAAAAUCUUAUGCAAGGAUUCAUAUAAUGGAGAACUGUUGUAUGAGAAACAGGUUUUAAUUCUGGUUUGAUGAAAGCAAAACAAUGUCUGCACUUGGGAUCUAUCAGCUGGAAAGUCGAUGGCUUUCAGCAGUGAUUUUCCUUACACCACACCAUGAUGACCAAUCCUACAGUAUUUACUUCUAGGUGUAAUAUUGUUAAUGGUUUUCAAAUGUAAUUAUUGUAUUUGUAAAUUGUAUUCUCAUUCCAGUAAGGCAGUUAGACACUUGAGUUUUAGCAUUUUACCAUUCCUGAAAUGGAUGUAAUUUAAACUGUGGUAUGUAAAUUUAACUGUAGUACUGUUGAAUGGCACAAUGCUUACAGAGGUAGAUUGCAUUUUGUCAAUAUAUAAAAUUUAAAUAUAAUAUUGAUAGCUGUCAUAAAGGGGGUGCCACAUAUAAAGAAACUUAAAUGGAACGAGAAGAAAAAAAGAAACUUUCUUUUCUUCAGUCCUUAGUAUGUUUUACUCUAGUGCUAAAUAAAAAGUCUAUCUUCAAAUGUUUAGUGGGUUAAAUUCAGAAACUAUUUCAGAAAAAAAUUCUAAGGUUACAGCAUAUUCAAAGAAAAGCAUUAAUUACCACUUUUUAAAGAGCUUUUUUUUCAAACUGCAAAUUUCAUAAAAAAUGCAAACUAUAAACAGGGCCUCUUAUUUUUAUAACUUGUGUAAAAAGGGAAAGCAAUUCAUAUUUAAAGUUUAAGUAUAUUAAAUUAUAAUCAAGAGUAAAGAAGAUGUCAAAAUCUUAACUACUUCCCCCUCUCUCUGCAGUUUAGCAAAUGUGGAGAUUGCUGAAUAACCAGUCAGACUAAAACCAAAAUUGUGACUUUAAUAUUUAAGACUUUCCAUAGUUGAACUGGUUAACAAUGUUUGCACAAUUCCUCUGAACAGAUGGUCUCUCUCAUCCAGCCUGGGGGAAUGACACCUCGUGUCUUCCUCUUUACCCACAGGAAUCAAAACACUGAGAAUAAGAAUCUCAGAAAAUAAUUUUUAGUUCCCUGUUUAGAUUCAGAAGGAGAAUUUUAAUUGUUAUCAUUUUUAUCAUUUGGGAAAGAACAAAUAAGCUUUAUAAAUGAAAUUCUAUUCACAUCAUUGUAUAAUAAAUUUCCUUUGGGAUGAUUAAUAUUCAUUGUAUAAACCUGUCAAUCUUUGCUCUUAUUGGGGAAUCAAGAAAAGAGUCAUCUAAGUCAUCUCAUUGCCCCAAGGUACCAUAAAAAUUGCAGUUUCUCAGUCUGGCCCCAAGAUGUGGGGAGUCAAAGACAACUCCUUCAAUAGUCCCAAUCAUAAAAUCUUCCCCCAUUAAGAUCUGAAAAUGUUAUUCUGUCUUUAAGUCAUAAAACUUACUUUAAACAUAAACUAAGUCCUAUUCUGGGUUAUACUAUUAAAUAACUGAAAUUAAUUGUUCUAUUUGCCAUUAACUGCUAAAUUUCAUUUUAUAUUCACUCAAAUUUGACCAAGAGUCUUUGGCUCCUUUAAAUUUUAGAAUGAAAUUAAAUUUUUUAGGUCUUACUUUUAAAAUGAGAUUGUGACUGGUAAUUGUUUAUAGUGGAAAUUUUUAAAUUAAUAUUUGUACUCUUCAAUCAAUGCUUGCUACCAAGAGAAUGUUUAGAAUGACCUGUUUUAGCUUAAAAGAAUUCUGACUAUUCAAACAAGCAGUCAGUUGGUUCCCCAAAGUCCUGUAGUAUUGAAGCUUUUUUGAACAAACUAAUUAAUAUACUCAUUUUAAGUAAAAAUAUUCAAUCUGAUUUUGAAAUCAAAUUUGAAAAAUGCAAACUUUUAAAUCCCCAAAACAUGGGAAAAUUCAGAACACUAAAAUCAAUGGAGAGCACACAACAGAAAAUUGAGAAUUACACAUAGUAAGAAAAUAAAAACGUGGUUUUUAAAUAAUCAGUUCAUGAAAAAACAUUGAAUAUUAACACAAAGCAUAUUAAAAAUGUGUAAAUAUUA